AUGCGUCCGGGCGGGCCGCCGAACGCGCGGCCGGGCCUGCAGCAGCAGCAGCCCGGCACGCCGGGCCGGGCGCGGCGCCGGCCGGAUCUCACGCUGCCGCUGCCCCAGCGCGACCUGACGUCGCUGGCCGUGCCGCUGCCGCUGCCCCCGCCCCCGUCCUCGGCGCCGUCGUCCACGUCGUCCUCGGGGUCGGGGUCGGGGUCGGGCGGCGCGUCGUCCAUGCCCAUGCCCAUGUCCAUGACCCCGCCCAACUCGGCCGGCUCCGCGCCGCCCGCCCCGCCGCCGCUGGGCGAGCUGGAGCGCGUGCGGCGCGUCGGGAGCGGCGCCGGCGGGACGGUGUGGCUGGUGCGGCACGCGCCCACGGGCCGGGCCUACGCGCUCAAGGUGCUCUACGGGCACCACGACGAGGCGGUCCGGCGGCAGAUCACGCGGGAGAUCGCCAUCCUGCGCACCGCGGAGCACCCGUCCAUCGUGCGCUGCCACGGCAUGUACGAGCAGGCCGGCGAGCUGCAGAUCCUGCUCGAGUACAUGGACGGCGGGUCCCUGGACGGCCGGCGCAUCGCGUCCGAGGCCUUCCUCGCCGACGUAGCGCGGCAGGUGCUGUCGGGGAUCGCGUACCUCCACCGGCGCCACAUCGUGCACCGCGACAUCAAGCCGUCCAACCUGCUCAUCGACUCGGGGCGGCGCGUGAAGAUCGCCGACUUCGGGGUGGGGCGCAUCCUGAACCAGACCAUGGACCCCUGCAACUCCUCCGUGGGCACCAUCGCGUACAUGAGCCCCGAGCGCAUCAACACGGACCUCAACGACGGCAACUACAACGGCUACGCCGGCGACAUCUGGAGCUUCGGCCUCAGCAUCCUCGAGUUCUACCUGGGCCGCUUCCCGCUGGGGGAGAACCUGGGGAAGCAGGGCGACUGGGCGGCGCUCAUGUGCGCCAUCUGCUACUCCGAGUCGCCGGCCGCCCCGCCCACGGCCUCCCCGGAGCUGCGGAGCUUCAUCAGCUGCUGCCUCCAGAAGAACCCGGCGAAGCGGCCGUCGGCGGCGCAGCUGCUGCAGCACCGGUUCAUCGCCUCGCCGCCGCAGCAGCAGCCGCAGGUCCUCGCCGCCCCGCCGUGCUGA